GCGCCAGCAGCCAGCAUCUCCCGUCUAGUGCCCACCGCGGGCGCCACGUCCCCGUCAGCGCUGGCAACCUGUCACCGCCGAGGACGUGACUCCGAGCUGCCUCCGCUCUCUCCAAGCCCUAUUCCUUUAAGAUGAUGUAAUAGUCAUUUCCCUGGAUGGUUCUUUGCCUGCACUGCUCACACAACAGCAUCCGAACUGCUCCUGGCACCGUGGGACCUUCCUGCUCUGGAGCCCGAGCCCCGCAGGCAUCUCCCAGCCGACCCGGCUCCUUCUUGCUCCUACCUGACGGGGAUAUGGGUGUCCCUUUGCCCUUGCCGGCAGGUGGGGUGGCUGCUGAGACCCUGGCCGGGCUCUUCUGUCUGUCUUUCUGCCUCCGGGCUCUUUGAACGCCUUUAAGUCCAGGUACCUCUUGUAACUCUCCCAGGUGUAAAGGAUCUGUUUCUAAAGGUUUGGAUCUUGGUUUUCCUUUCUUUUUUUUUCCCCUGCCGAAGCUUUGGUUGAAUAUUUUUUUUCUUUGCUUCACUUCUUCGACUCAGCCUUCUCACGGCUCAACUUUUUUUUCCCCCGAUCCCUUUUAACUAGAGAUUUGGGAGUGAAUACGUACACACAUACAUAUACACAAACGCACAUCUACGAGCGCGUAAGUGCGGAAUCGUUUAUUUCCCGAGAGCACAUCUCUCUGGCACUUUUCUUUGAUACCUCUGUCCUCUACCUGUUUGGGAUUUGACGAGAGAUCCAGACCCAGUGUGGCUGUGGUUUCCGAUUGCUCUGGAAAAGGCUAUUUCUUCGCAAGAACUGCCUCCAGCACUCGCUAAGCCAGACUGAGUACCUGGGCACUUGGCCUUCCUGCCUUCCCAUCCUAAUGGAAGAGCGAAUGUAGCCAAGCUGACCAUUACCUUCUGUGAAGCUCACUACCAGACACCUUUAAACUUUCUGUCCAGCAUUGCUUCACCUGUGGACUGUUCUAAAAUUUGCCUUGUUGGGGGGAAUAACGAGCAAAACCGGGGCUAGAGGAGGUCAUUUUUGAGCAAGUUAGCACCUUUUCCCUCUCUUACAACUGGAUGCAAAGCCUAAGGCUGUAACUGGCUUGGAUUGCGCCUUUAAGUCCGGGAAGCUGCAGAAGAAAGGGACAAUGGCUCUGAGUGGGAACUGUAAUCGUUACUAUCCUCGGGAUCAAGGGGCUGUGGUUCCCAACUCCUUCCCCGAAGUCAUAGAGCUGAACGUUGGGGGCCAGGUUUACUUCACCCGCCAUUCCACAUUAAUAAGCAUCCCCCAUUCCCUCUUGUGGAAAAUGUUUUCCCCAAAGAGAGACAACGCUAACGAUCUAGCCAAGGAUUCCAAGGGAAGGUUUUUCAUCGACAGAGAUGGCUUCCUGUUCCGUUAUAUUCUGGACUAUCUCAGGGACAGGCAGGUCGUCCUGCCUGACCACUUUCCAGAAAGGGGAAGGUUGAAAAGAGAGGCUGAAUAUUUCCAGCUACCCGACCUGGUCAAGCUCCUGGCCCCCGAGGAAGUCAAGCAAAGCCCAGAUGAGUUCUGCCACAGCGAUUUUGAGGAUGGCUCCCAAGGAAGCGACACAAGAAUCUGCCCCCCCUCUUCGCUGCUCCCUCAUGACCGCAAGUGGGGUUUUAUUACUGUGGGUUACAGGGGAUCCUGUACCUUGGGCAGAGAGGGGCAAGCAGAUGCCAAGUUUCGAAGAGUUCCCCGGAUUUUAGUUUGCGGAAGGAUUUCAUUGGCAAAGGAAGUCUUUGGAGAAACUCUGAAUGAAAGCAGAGACCCAGACCGAGCCCCGGAAAGAUACACCUCCAGAUUUUAUCUCAAGUUCAAACAUCUGGAAAGAGCUUUUGAUAUGUUGUCAGAGUGUGGAUUCCACAUGGUGGCCUGUAACUCCUCGGUGACAGCGUCUUUUGUCAACCAAUAUACAGAGGACAAGAUCUGGUCGAGCUAUACCGAAUACGUCUUCUAUCGUGAGCCUUCCAGGUGGUCCUCCUCUCAUUGUGAUUGCUGCUGCAAGAAUGGUAAGGGAGACAAAGGGGAGAGCGGCACCUCCUGCAAUGACCUCUCCACUUCCAGCUGCGACAGCCAGUCAGAGGCCAGCUCUCCCCAGGAGACAGUGAUCUGCGGUCCUGUAACGCGCCAGAGCAACAUCCAGACCCUGGACAGGCCCAUUAAGAAGGGCCCCGUGCAGCUGAUCCAGCAGUCAGAGAUGAGGCGGAAAAGUGACCUGCUCAGGACUCUGACGUCAGGCUCCAGGGAGUCGAACAUAAGCAGCAAAAAGAAAGCUGCGAAGGAAAAGCUCUCCAUCGAAGAAGAGCUGGAGAAGUGCAUCCAGGAUUUCCUGAAGAUAAAGAUUCCAGAUCGCUUCCCUGAGAGAAAACAUCCUUGGCAGUCUGAACUUUUACGGAAGUAUCAUCUAUAGGGGAGGGCUGGGGGUAGUCGCCACUCUGAAAUAAACCUCCCCAAAGGAGCACAUAUGUUAAAGGAAAAGUAUCAACUAACGAUCCACAUUUGUUAGAACACAAUAGUCCGUUGAUGUACUACUGCCUACUUUAACUAGCUCACCUUAAUGUGUAAAUCCACAGGGUAGAUUCCUUUUCAGACGUGGAACCAGAAGAGAGCUCCUGUGUUGUCCUUGGUCUUUUAUUAACUUGAUCCCAUGUGCUGGGAAUCUUCCCUACAGUGAAAGCUGUAGCUGAGUAGCUCACAGGCUUUGGGGCUCAUGUAUCCCAAACUGGAUUUUUUAUGUUUGUUUUCCUCUCAUAUUCUGCCUCCUUCCUUUGGCCAAGGAUGGGGAAAGAGUCAAGAUUUUUAUUAUUUUUUUCUUCGCUUUUGUUUAUGGGGUGAAGGGAGAAUGGUGGAUUUGUGUGAUUUUUCACUUAGAUCUCCACGUGCCAGUUUCUAUUGACUCCGUAUGCAUGAGCACUUGUGCACCACAAGCACAAUCUAUGUCUGUAUAUACGCACAAUGGAUGCACAAGACCCAGGGCCUGGACAGCCAAGGACUGACAUCCUGCUUCCAGCUGCCCCCACAAGAGCAUUCAGACAAAGGAACCUCUGCCUCUUCAUUAAGACCCUCCUGGGUAGAUUUCCCAGCCUCCCUUCACAAUGCUUUCUAACACUGAAUAGCCUGCCCCCAUCCUCAAUAAAUUCUCUUUCUUAUUUUGAAAUACAUACCCCCAGGCUCCUUUGCACUGCUGUGCUCUUUCCCUACGUUAGGAGACAGUGGGAUGAGCUAGUGGAACACUGUGUGUGUUUAACCAACAGGCAGAUGUUCACAUCCACAAACAUAGCUUUGAGAUGCCCUGCGCUCAGCCUUCUCCAUUCUUAAUUUACAAUCCCCAUUCUCCACCUGACUCGGAGUUCUAACUUGCCCACAUGUUAUUGAUGAGGCCUUUUGUUCAGGCAAGUUCUUUGCAUCCCUAUGAGUUGUGAAGCUAGGAACAACACCCAAUAAUUAAAGAUGCAUCCAGCCUUCGGUUUGCUUGCUUUAGAGGAUCUGUAUCCCCACAUGCUUCUUAAGUUCUCAUAUGAACUUUAAACUACCCCUGUACAUUAUUGCUUGCUUGUAGACAGGCUUGGUUGCCUUUGGGAUGCUAGGGUUUGGCUGUGGCCACACUAUGGUUUAGUCGUACCAUUUCUGUAAUGUCUGUAAGAACCCACGUGGGUGGCUGGAACACAAAAGUUAUGAAUUUGACUUUUUAAGCUUUUUAAAAAUAUAUAUUCCUGACCUGUAUAGAUACAGUCCAAAAGAAAUUGUUAACAAUGU